GUUCUCUUAUUAAGCUUGAUCUUUUCCCCGUGGCUCUGGGCUCUCUUACUAAGCUGAUCGUUUCUCUCUCGCAGUUCGGCGACUCUCAGCAGCUACGGAUGGUGCGGAUUCUGCGCAGCACCUUGAUGGUGAGAGUAGGGGGUGGGUGGACAGCGCUGGACGAGUUCCUGGUAAAGAACGAUCCCUGCCGAGUGAAAGGCAGAACAAACCUGAAGAUUAAAGAGAAGUACUUGUCUCCGGACUCUUUUGGCACCUCCAUGCUGAAGUGUGAUGGCAGAGUGAUGUCACGGAGCAGGUCCAACUCCAGUCUCAGCUUGUACAGCAGUGCUUCAGCUCCUAGCAGCCCCCUCACCAGGAAGAGGACACUGAGAGACCCCCUACUUGAUCUGCAGCACCAGAAUGACAUUAACCAGUCUCCUGGACCUCAGAGAAAAAGUACCCUCGCACCUGGGGAUCUCCACACAACUCAACGCAUAGAAAACAACGGAGAGGCUUCUGAUAGACUGAACACCCAGAACUCCAUCUUCUGAAGAAGAAGAGCACAUUGGACUGUGUGUUAUCUUGCUGCCAGACUGUAUAAAAUGUUGUCCUCGUGUAACCUCAUGAGACAUUUUAAUCUUGAGAGAAGCCUCUCCAGAAAAUGACUCACAUGAGAACUUUCUUCCCAUUUUUUAAGCCAUGCAUCUCCUUGAGAUGUGAGGACACUCAGAAAUGUCUAUGAGGCCUCUCAUCUUCAUGGAUGGGUUGGGUAAAAUAUUUUUAGCAUUGAAGGGACUAGGCAUGGGUCCAAGCUUUGAGCUCAAAAGCAGUUUUAGGACACUGAAACCGUGGUUACUUCAGCGACAUGAUUUUUUCUAAAAGAAUAAUACAAAUCUUAUCGUUAUAGGUUUAAAUUCUCCUUAGUGUUGAAAGUUGAGACCCAGCUUAGUUCCCCCUUUUACUCUCUUUAAAUAGGGCAACCCAUUUUUUAAAACUGAGUUAAUCACCAACUAACAAAUAUGUCUUCAGCUAGCUAGACAAAACAGCCCAUAAUUGCAGCAGUUUUUUUGCAAAUGGAAACGGAUGGACAGUCUUUUUGCAGCACAUUGUAACAUGCAUGUGUUAGUUCACUGUGGUGCUUAGUGGAUAUCAUUCAGCUUGCCUUGGUCCUCUUGUGGAUGAAUAAAGCAACCUAUCAGAUGUAGAGAGUUUGGAUCAUUUUUCUAAAGCUCUUGUGAAUUGUUUCAGGGAAACCAGUGUGUAAAUAAGUAAACAAUGUCAGCGCAUUCCUUGUUUUUCCCAAAAAAAUGACAAAAUCAAAUGUUUUAGAAGGACAAGCAUUUAAAAAAUAUGGUGCUGUAUCUUUUGAAUGCAGUUUUCAUAUGAGUGUUUUGUUCUUUAUAUUGUUGUGUUCUGUAGCUUAGUGUGUCUCAUUAUAUUGAUUCUUCAUAAUCUUCUUCGAAUGAUCUGAUACAGACCUGCCAUAAAUCCCUUGCAACACUCACUGGUCCCAUCACAAGCUUUCCAGUAAAUACUUGAACUUUGCAGGUGGUGUUUUACUAGCUUUGGUUUGUAACAAUGCCUAUGAUUCAGGAUACCCAAGCAAAUAAUACAUUCUUCAGCCCUAGUGAGAACCACAGGUGUCAGGCUGGGAAAGUAUAUUUCACACAUUUUGAGGGACUAGUAAAGAUUUCCAUUUACAAAAUGGCACACACACACACACACACACACACACACACACACACACACACACAGUUCUCACAGCCAGAAAGGACAGUAAAUACAUGCUAUGCAACGUUUUGCAACACAUCCUUAAAGGAUUAAAAGAAUAGAAAUGUGUCUUUCUUUUCAAUGUAUUUUCUUCAUAUAACUAAACUGGAUUUGGCAGACUGCUACCUAGAACUGGUUACUGAAACUGGCCCAAGAUCCCCAGACUUAAAACAAUGAAUAAUGCAAAGCCGUCUCUACUAUCACCUGUGGCAGGUGCACAGGAGCCCUUUUGCAAGUACUGCAGAUUCCUAUAGUACUUCUCUUCUGAUAGUACCAUACAUUUUGCUAUACAGACUAAUUAAAACACGUCCCUACUAUGCAGUGCCUAAUGAGUCACGCCUUGUACAGACCCUGGACACCUUGUAUUACUGACAAUGCAAUACUUAACAACAGUAGCCUAGUGUGUAACCAGUAUGCAUCCAAUACUACUAGACGUAUACAAGCUGCUGCUUCUUAAUCUAGAACCCUCAGUCCUGUAUCUAACCUGGUGUGAAUGCAGAACAAUGCAACUAAUUACUGUAUGAAAAUGCAAUCUAUAAUAAAGC